CAAACGUUUAAAAUGUGUUUUCAAGAAGGUUUAUACGUAAAACUCUGGCAUUUACAAAAAAAAAAAAGGAGCGUCAUAUUGCGUCAUCGCCACGCGUCGAAGUAUGACGUUUUAAAACAGGCGCCGUUCUUGAUGUAACUCAAAUAACGUUUCAAUAUCGAACUCAUUUAAAUUUUUACCCUGUUACAUACAUAAAGCGUAUAUUGUACCUUUGUCGUUAGAGCGGUUCCGUUAAAGUUAAAGCGGGUCUUAUUCUGAGUAUGGACAGUGAAAUCCAACGAGACGGAAGAGUUUUGGAUCUCACCGACGAUGCCUGGAGGGAAGACAGGCUACCCUAUGAAGAUGUCACAAUCCCAGUGAGUGAACUCCCUGAGGCUGAGCAGGACAAUGGAGGAUCCACAGAAUCUGUGAAGGAACAAGAAAUGAAGUGGACUGACCUUUCCCUGCAGAGCCUCCAUGAAAACACUCCAAACACCGGGUGUUGAAUCACUACUCACAUAGGACUGUAGAACAUCACCUAUGUUUGCAUCUUUGUUGGGAUGUUUUAGCAAGGUUUGCUUGCUUUGUUGGCAGGUUUUAGUCUGCUAAUCUUAGUUGGACCUAUAGUUUGCAGCGUGGUUUCAUGAAUAUUAUCUCACAAUUCCUCGUAGGUUAUUGGGUCAUCUAAUUAAGGUGCUGUCACUUAAAAUGUUCAUCGGCGCUAAGUUGUCACAUGUGCUUUAAUUGACUUCUUUAAAUCUGCGCUACAUCUUUCCAGGCAGUUUAAGAAGAGACUGGUUUGCGUCUGCAUGUCACCCUUUUAUAUACAGUAUGUAGUGUCUUUAAAUAACAAUUGAAAUGGAACGCUUACAUAACCCUGGUGAUUUCAUUUGACACGGAGAACAAAAGCAAAUGAAAGCAGGCCUUACAAGUUACUUAAAGUCCUGAAAUUGCAUGCAUCAGUUUCUUAUCCUGUACAGCAUUGUGGUCUGUGAGCAUACAUGCAAAGCACACAAAAACCAUUCUCUUGCAACUUCCCAAAUACGUCUCUUGAAUACUUUGGAAAUAAUAUUCUGACUAGUGCGCAAUUGUCAACGUCUGAAAAUAAUAUUGUGACCAUUACACAAUUGUCACUG